AUGGUAGUUAAGGGCCUAAUGGUAGUGAAAUCAAUGGUUGUGGUGUGUAAAGGCCUAAUCCGUAGAAAAUCGGAUAGAUGCGGGACUAGGUCGAUGGGAUUGAAAAAGAGAGGUUAUACGAGUCGGGCUAAGCGAGUAGGAAAGAAAGAGAUAGGAUGUGUGGGAUGGGCUGGUUGCCUUAAAGAAAGAAUGGCGAGGGAUAGAAUGAAGCGAAGUCGAGGCGAGAAACCAAGGAGGUGCGGCUCAUUGGAAGAUGACCCGAACGUCGGUGCCAUAAAAAUGUUAAAGUCUAUAUGGAUUGUUGCACUUGUGUCAAUAAUCCAUGAUUUUGGCUUGCCGGGAGGAUUGGGUGAGGCCAUAUUAAUGGAUAGGCUAGCUAAAGACUCAUAUGGAGAGUGCAACAAGAGAUAUAGUUGCUUGGAGUUGGUCCGCAAGAGUUGCAAAAGCUGGACUCGCCAACUAAGCUUUGGAAAACAUAUGGCUUACUGGAGGUGUGCUAAUAGGCUCAUGAGUAGCUUGGUUGACCCAACAACUUGA